GCUAGCAAGGCAUAUUCAAGACCAUGAUGGCUCAGUUUCCCACAGCAAUGAAUGGAGGCCCAAACGUAUGGGCCAUCACCUCUGAAGAGCGGGCCAAGCAUGACAAGCAGUUCGAUAGCCUUAAACCCACAGGAGGCUACAUUACAGGUGAUCAAGCACGUACCUUUUUUUUGCAAUCAGGUCUACCACCUUCAAUCCUUGCUCAAAUAUGGACACUAUCAGAUCUGAACAAGGAUGGAAAAAUGGAUCAGCAGGAGUUCUCUAUAGCCAUGAAACUCAUCAAGCUGAAAUUGCAAGGACAGCAUUUGCCUGCAGUUCUCCCUCCUGUCAUGAAACAAACUCCAGUAUUGUCACCACUAAUGUCAGCUCGCUUUGGAAUGGGUAGUAUGCCAAAUCUGUCCAUGCCAACAUCUAUGUCUACGAUCACACCAUUAGCUCCCAUGUCUCUGACCUCCAUGACUUCCAUUCCUCCUUUGGUUAUCUCUGCUCCCCUGGUGCCUUCUGUCAGUACCUCCUCGUUGCCAAAUGGAACACCCAGCCUUCUACAGCCUUUGUCCGUACCUUUCUCUUCAAGUAAGUAUACGCUGCCUCAUACUGGUUCUUUAGGUCCCAUGGCAGGAGGGUUUGGUGUUUCUAGUAUACAGAAGGCACAGUCACUAAUCGAUUUAGGAUCUAGCAGUUCAAAUUCUUCCUCUAGUGCUUCACUAGCUGGGAAUUCACCAAAGAUUGCAUCUUCAGACUGGGCAGUUCCUCAGGCCUCCAGAUUAAAAUACAGACAGAAGUUUAACAGUCUUGAUAAAAGUAUGAGUGGAUAUUUAUCAGGAUUUCAGGCAAGAAAUGCCCUUCUGCAAUCAAACCUUUCACAGACUCAGCUGGCUACUAUUUGGUCACUAGCUGAUAUUGAUGGAGAUGGACAACUGAAAGCUGAUGAGUUUGUGUUAGCCAUGCACCUAACUGAUAUGGCCAAAGCCGGACAACCUCUGCCACUAACUUUACCUCCUGAACUAGUACCACCUUCUUUCAGGAGUGGGAAAUGCACUGAAAGUAUAAAUGGAACUCUGCCAUCUUACCAGCCUGUGCAAGAGGAGGAACCACAGAAAAAACAGCCAGUGACUUUUGAGGACAAAAGGAAAGCCAACUAUGAGAGGGGGAAUAUGGAGCUGGAAAAACGCCGUCAGGUCCUGUUGGAGCAGCAGCAGAGAGAGGCUGAGCGUAAGGCUCAGAAAGAAAGAGAAGAACAAGAGCGGAGAGAGAAGGAACGGCAGGAACAGGAACGGAAAAAGCAACUUGAAAUGGAAAGGCAGCUGGAGAGGCAGCGAGAGCUGGAACGACAAAGAGAAGAAGAAAGGAGGAAAGAAAUAGAAAGGCGGGAGGCAGCGAAGCAAGAACUUGAGCGCCAGCGGCGGCUGGAAUGGGAGAAAAUUCGUCGCCAAGAACUUCUUAAUCAGCGUAACAGAGAACAAGAAGAAAUUGUCAAGCUGACCUCUAAAAAGAAGAGCCUUAAUCUUGAGUUAGAAGCUUUGACAGACAAACAUCAGCAAAUCUCAGGCAGAUUGCAGGAUAUUCGAAGCAAAAAGGAAAUUCAAAAAACUGAACUGGAGGUUUUAGAUAAGAAAUAUGACCAAGGAAUCAUGGAAGUCAAGCAACUACAACAGCAGCUUCAGGAGUAUCAAAAUAAACUCACCUGUUUAGUUCCUGAAAAGCAGUUGUUAAGUGAAAGAAUUAGAAACACUCAACUUGAAACAACUGAGAGUACAGGAAUCAGUUCAGUACACAAGAAAUCUGCAGAAAAGGAAGAAUUAUGUCAAAGACUUAAGGAGCAAUUAGAUGCCCUUGAGAAAGAGACUGCUUCUAAACUUGCUGAAAUGGAUGCGUUUAACAGUCAGCUUAAGGACCUGAGACAAAGUUACAGCACGCAGCAAUUAGCCUUGGAGCAGCUCCACAGGAUCAAACAUGACAAAAUAAGAGAGGUAGAAAAAAGAAGAGCUGAACUUGUGCUGAAAAAGCGACUGGAAGAUGAGGCUGCAAGAAAAGCAAAACGGGAGAAGGAGAACCAAUGGCAGGAAAAUAUCCGACGGGAAGAGGAAGAGAAAAAGAAGCGAUUGGAGGAAGAACGAAUGCAGGAAAAAGUUCACGAAAAGCUGAAAGCUGAAGAAGCAUCUAGGAAUUCAGUUGCCUUUGUAAAUUACAGAGCUUUAUAUCCAUUUGAAGCAAGGAAUCACGAUGAAAUGAGCUUUAAUACUGGGAAUAUAAUUCAGGUUGAUGAAAAAACUGUGGGAGAGCCUGGCUGGCUUUAUGGGAGUUUUCAAGGACACUUUGGUUGGUUUCCAUGCAACUAUGUAGAAAAAUUACCAGAAGGAGAAAAAUCUUUAUCUCCCAAGAAGGCCUUACUUCCUCCUACAGUAUCUUUAUCUACUACCUCAGCUGCUUCAGAACCACUUUCUCCAAGUAAAUCUGCAGAAGAAUCUGAUUACCAAAAUAUACCUUUUUCUAGCCUGAAUGUUAAUACAGCAUGGCAACAGAAAUCGGCUUUUACUCGCACUGUGUCCCCUGGAUCUGUUUCACCUGUUCAUGGACAGGGACAGCCUGUCGAGAACUUAAAAGCACAAGCACUUUGCUCUUGGACUGCAAAAAAAGAUAACCACUUGAAUUUUUCAAAAAAUGAUAUCAUUACUGUCCUGGAGCAGCAGGAAAACUGGUGGUUCGGAGAGGUACAUGGACGAAGGGGUUGGUUUCCAAAAUCAUAUGUCAAGCUCUUACCUGGGAGUGAAAUCAAGAAAGAGGAACCAGAAGCCAUUUAUGCAGCUAUAAACAAAAAACCUAAUACACAGUCUUAUGCAGCAGGAGAGGAGUAUGUUGCCCUCUAUUCGUAUUCAAGCUCUGAGCCUGGUGACUUGACUUUCAUAGAAGGUGAAGAAAUCUUGGUGACCCAGAAGGAAGGAGAAUGGUGGACUGGGAGCAUUGAUGGCAGAACUGGAAUCUUCCCCUCCAAUUAUGUCAGACCAAAGGAUCAAGAAGCUUCUAUUAAUGCUGGCAAAACUGGAACAAUAAAUAAGAAACCAGAAAUUGCUCAGGUUACUACUGCCUAUGCUGCAUCAGGAACUGAACAACUUAGUCUUGCUCCAGGACAGCUAAUACUGAUUCUGAAGAAAAAUGCUAGUGGAUGGUGGCAAGGAGAGUUGCAGGCAAGAGGGAAAAAGAGACAGAAAGGAUGGUUCCCUGCCAGCCAUGUGAAAUUACUGGGUCCAAGCAGCGAAAAAACCACAUCUGCUGCUCCCUCAGUGUGUCAGGUGAUAGCCAUGUACGAUUACAUGGCAAACAAUGAAGAUGAGCUCAGUUUUGCCAAAGGACAGCUUAUUAAUGUACUGAACAAGGAUGAUGCUGACUGGUGGCAAGGAGAAAUCAGUGGUGUGACAGGUCUCUUUCCCUCAAACUACGUGAAGAUGACCACAGAUUCUGAUCCAAGUCAACAGUGGUGUGCUGAUCUCCAAAGCCUUGACACUAUGCAGCCAAUGGAAAGGAAAAGGCAGGGCUACAUUCACGAACUCAUUCAGACAGAAGAAAGGUACAUGGAUGAUCUUCAGCUUGUCAUAGAGGUUUUCCAAAAACCGAUGGCUGAUUCGGGCUGUCUUACUGAAGGAGAGAUGGGGCUGAUCUUUGUUAACUGGAAAGAACUCAUCAUGUCAAAUACAAAGUUACUGAAAGCCUUGCGAGUGCGUAAGAAAACCGGAGGAGAGAAGAUGCCUGUGCAGAUGAUUGGGGACAUCUUAGCAGCAGAACUUGCUCACAUGCAGGCCUACAUUCGGUUCUGCAGCUGCCAGCUUAAUGGAGCUUCACUGCUGCAGCAGAAAACCGAUGAAGAUGCUGAUUUCAAAGACUACUUAAAGAAACUUGCCUUGGACCCUCGCUGCAAAGGAAUGCCCCUCUCCAGCUUCCUCCUGAAACCUAUGCAAAGAAUAACACGCUACCCUCUGCUCGUAAAGAGUAUUCUAGAGAACACUCCAGAAAAUCACCCUGACCACAGUAGCCUCAGGCUUGCUUUGGAGCGUGCGGAAGAGCUGUGCUCUCAAGUUAACGAAGGGGUGCGUGAGAAAGAGAACUCGGACAGGCUGGAAUGGAUACAGGCUCAUGUCCAGUGUGAAGGUCUUGCUGAGCAACCUGUCUUCAACUCCCUCACAAACUGCUUGGGGCCACGGAAACUCCUGCACAGUGGCAAGUUGUACAAGGCCAAGAGCAGUAAGGAGCUGUACGGCUUCCUUUUCAAUGACUUUCUCCUGCUGACCUACAUGGUUAAACAGUUUGUGUCUUCUGGCUCCGAUAAACUGUUCAGUCCCAAAUCCAAUUCCCAGUUCAAAAUGUACAAAAUGCCUAUUUUCCUUAAUGAAGUCCUAGUGAAAUUGCCCACAGACCCCUCAAGUGAUGAGCCAGUUUUCCACAUAUCACACAUUGACAGAGUUUACACGCUUAAAACUGACAACAUUAAUGAGCGCACUGCCUGGGUCCAGAAGAUCAAAGCAGCAUCAGAGCAGUACAUCGAGACUGAGAAGAAGAAACGAGAGAAGGCCUAUCAAGCUCGCUCACAGAAAACUUCAGGAAUAGGACGCUUGAUGGUGCAUGUGAUUGAAGCCACAGAACUAAAGGCCUGCAAGCCUAAUGGGAAGAGCAACCCGUAUUGUGAAAUCAGCAUGGGCUCUCAGAGCUACACUACAAGGACCCUGCAGGACACUUUGAACCCCAAGUGGAACUUCAACUGCCAGUUCUUCAUUAAGGAUCUGUAUCAGGAUGUCCUAUGUAUCACCAUGUUUGACAGGGAUCAGUUCUCACCUGAUGAUUUUUUGGGUCGCACUGAAGUUCCAGUAGCAAAAAUCAGGACAGAGCAAGAAAGUAAAGGUCCCACGACUAAACACUUACUGCUUCAUGAAGUUCCAACAGGUGAAGUCUGGGUCCGUUUUGACCUCCAGCUCUUUGAUCAGAAAACACUCAUCUAAAAACGCUUUUCUUAAUUUAUGAAGGACAGGAAGCUGACA